CUGGCUCCGUGGACGACGAGAUAUUGGAAGCCGUGGCAUGUCAGGCUUGCGAGGUGCUGGAAGCUCACGAGGGCACGGACAGCAACACUCAAAGCAUUACAGAGGUGCUUUUGAUGUGCGUGUCGAUGCCAUGCCAUGCCAUGCCAUGCCAUGCCAUUCUCGUGCACAUUUUGUCUUCGCUUGCCAAAUUGGCGGCCCAAGCGUAACUGUGCAGCCCGCACGACGGUGA